AUGGAAUCUAAGAAGCGUGAAGCAUCAAAUCAGAAAAGAAUUCGUGUUCCGGCACAAGUCGGAAAAUAUAAAAUCAUAGGUACAAUAGGAAAAGGAGCUUUUGCAGUUGUUGCUUUAGGCAUAGAUGCAAAAACAAAUACAAAGGUCGCUGUAAAAAUAUUGGAUCGAGAGUUUGUAACCCAGCAAAAUAUUAUCUAUUAUCUAGAGAAUGAACUCAGGCUUUGCUCAAGAUUUAAUCAUCCAAAUAUAGUUAAAGUUUACGACAUAAUAUACGAACCUGAUAUUAUUAUGAUUGUUAUGGAAUACGCUCAAAAUGGCGAUCUUCAAUCUUUGUUUAACAAAGGCGUGCACUUUGCCUACGAAGAGCAGCUAAACAUUACCGUUCAGAUUUUAGAUGCAUUGGCUUAUCUCCAUAAACGUGGAAUUAGUCAUCGCGACAUAAAACCGGAAAAUAUAUUAUUUGAUGAAGAUAUGAGACCAAAGCUGAUAGAUUUUGGACUUUCAAAAGAGAAUAGCUCAUCACUUCAAACAUUUUGCGGAACACCUCUUUAUAUAGCGCCUGAAAUUGUAAAAGGCGAAUCUUAUGAUGGAAAGAAAUCAGAUAUGUGGGCAUUAGGCGUUACCCUUAACAUUUUAGCUUGCGGAAAAUAUCCUUGGGCAGUGAAGAGCGAAGCUCAGCUCUUCAGAUACAUGCAAGAAGGAAGAUUACAAAUUUUAACCGGAGCAUCUGGAAUUUUAGGCAUGAUUAUAGACAAAUGCCUUGCAGUUAAUCCAAAUGAAAGACCAUCUAGCGAAGAACUUCUGAAGAUGAUUGAUCAUAUGAAGAACAAAAACCAGAUUAUAGGAAAAAUCAAGUUUCAGAAGAAAACAAUCACAGAGGAUUGUUUGCCUAAAUUGCAGCUGAAGAAUGUCAAUGCUCGACAUGCAAAUUCUAAUCAGCAAAUGUUUGAAGUUAGAAGCGCUUUGAAUUUUAAGAAUAUCCAUGUAGAAGAAUUAUAA